UGGCGUCGUCCGACCAACCGCCAUCGGAAAGCAGCCACCGUGCGAUGCAAACCUCGAGGUCAAUUGGAGCGCGAGCUCGCCUCCAGUGUAGGGCUAGCCAGACUUCCGCGUAGUCGCGAUCUGUCUCGCACAGCAGCGUCCGGCAACGAGUGUUUUGCGUGUGUGAGAUAUUUUUAAAAAGGGAAAGGUGAAAGUUACCCCAUACGAGACAUGGCCAGUUCCGCUCCAGCGUAUUUGGUCGGCGUUGAUGUGGGGACGGGCAGUGCAAGGGCCGCUCUCGUUACCGGCACAGGUGAAGUGGUCCAGACAUGCGUACGACCGAUCCGGACCUGGAACACUCAGCCCAAUUAUUACGAACAAUCGUCGGACGAUAUUUGGACAGCGGUUUGCGAGUGUGUCAAGAAUGUCACGACGGGCUAUUCGAAGGAUCUCAUCCGUGGAAUCGGUUUCGAUGCGACCUGCUCCCUCGUGGUGCUCGAUGGGAAGAUGCAACCCCUAACGGUUAGCCCCUCGUCGAAGGACAACCAACGGAACGUUAUCCUGUGGAUGGAUCACCGUGCGGAGGAGGAAGCACGCUUCAUAAACGGGACGCACCACAAAAUGCUCAACUACGUCGGUGGAACCAUUUCGCUCGAGAUGGAAGUUCCCAAGUUGCUGUGGCUAAAGCGCCACAUGCACAGCGAAGUGUGGACCAAAGCUGGCGCGUUCUUCGAUCUGCCCGAUUACCUAACGUACCGGGCGACGGGGCUCGGUCACCGAUCGAUCUGUUCCGUCGUUUGCAAGUGGAACUAUGAUGCGGAGAAUGGACGGUGGUCGGAAGACUUCCUACAGGCGGUCGGAUUGCUCGAAGAUUUGAGCGGUGAUAACUGGAAGCUUAUCGGUACGCAGGUCCGUACGCCCGGGACACCGCUCGAGGGAGGUCUGUCACCGGAAGCCGCCCAAGCGCUUGGCUUAAACCCUGGCACGGCUGUUGCUAGCUCGAUGAUUGAUGCUCAUGCUGGCGCACUGGCACUGCUCGGCUGCCAGGGCCCCGGAGGCUCGGGAGAUGCAGGUAAGCUAACGUCAAAGUUGGCGAUCAUUUGCGGAACAUCCUCGUGCCACAUGAGCCUCACCAAGGGGCCGGUAUUAGCGCCAGGAGUGUGGGGCCCGUACAAACAUGCCAUCGUGCCGGACCUGUAUCUGAACGAGGCGGGCCAGAGUGCUACGGGCGUGCUGAUGGAUCACAUGCUCGAAACGCAUCCGUGUUACGGACAGUUGCUCGAGGAGCAUGGUUCGAAUGGGAAGAUUUAUGCCUAUCUAAAUGCUUUCCUGGAACAGUUGGCCAAGCGGCAGGGUGAAGAUUCACUCCAUCGGUUAACGAUCGAUCUGCACGUGUGGCCAGAUUUCCACGGUAACCGUUCUCCGCUGGCGGAUCCCAACCUAAAGGGAAUGAUUUCCGGUCUGACAAUGACGAAGGAUGUUCAAAACCUAGCCUUGAUCUAUCUGGCGCUCAUGCAAGCCCUUGCGUACGGCACGCGCCACAUUCUACAGGUUCUGGAGGCUUCGGGGCGUGAGGCAAUCACCUCGAUUUUGCUGUGCGGCGGACUGAGCAAAAAUGCUCUCUUUGUUCAGACACACGCCGACAUUUGCUCCGUGCCGGUGCUGCUUCCCACUGAACCGGAAGCUGUUCUGCUGGGAUCCGCUAUGAUAGGAGCUUAUGCGGCUGGUCUUUACGAUAGCUUGGAGACGGCAGCAGCGGGCAUGGGUGGUAGUGCGACCGUGGUAAAGCCAGACUUGAGCGACAGCAAUCGUGAUUAUCACGAACGAAAGUAUUGCGUUUUCCAGCGAAUGUACCUCGACCAGCGUGGGUACGAGCGUAUCAUGAAAGGAUAAAGAUGAAUGCCGGAUGGACCUAAACCGUCAAUGCAUUCCAAGCAAAAGCAACCCAUUACGAUACCUUACAUUUGAGCCCAACUGUUGUUCCGAUUAUAUUCUUAACUUGCUUAACGCUUAAUCUACCAUAAAUUAAGCAAUCACCGCUCAGCUGCUUAAAAGAGAAAACGUACCGGGUGGAGGUAACUACAGUUAAAACCAUACAUUUACGAAAUAAAAGCCGCCGCUUUGGUUUCAAUGACCGCUCGGCACACC